AUGCCACAACCUGGAAGAGAGGGAAGACGCAGUCCUGUCCCAAAUCCACCGAGAUGGCAGCCAAACCCUACUCCUGCAUCGAUUAUUGUCCCUGGAGUCGAUGGCGAAGCUGCCUUGCUUGAUCAGAUCGAGCAAAUCGAACAACUUAUCACCCUCAAACUGCAAGGUAUAGACGAAAACUUUGCUAAGAUUCACAACGUCCUUACGACCCGAAUAUUACCCUCGGUGAAGCGAUAUGCUGUCGCGACAAAGCCAGUGAGGGAAUCAGCGAAGUUCUGGAUUUCUUUCUACGAGAAAGCUGCGCAGAUUAGAAUACCGACAGCCGAAGAUUACUCGACUGUGAAUGACGCGCCGUCAGAUCGACAAGAACUUGAAGGGGAAGCUGAAUCUAGCGGCCAGCACACUGCAGACAGCCAAGAACAUAGCAUAGCAUCUACCGAGCAAUCUUUCAUGCCUCACCAAGCCGCUUUUGCCUCAACUCCCGCUAUCGACCGUGUGGGACGAAGCACCACCAACAUGGACGACUCCGAGCUCCCUUCCUGGUCAGCUUCCAUUGAGUCGCCUGUUACGCGUCUCGCUCGUAACAUGGAGAGUUACGAGCGGGAAGAAAGCUCAAGGCUACCUUCAUUGCAUCUUGGCAGUGUUUUGGAGGAAGAAGACGAAGUUGACAACACGAUCGUACGACCGCGGAAAGACAAGGGCAAAGAACCAAUGCUACAAAACGUUCUCAGGCACACGCUUUACUCGAAGAACGAUGAUGUUUCCUUUGUUUCAAUGUCUCCUGCGAAAGGGAAGCUACGAACGCCCAUUCCAGCAAAGCUUAAUCCCUAUAUUCCGUCUGGAACAGAGCCUGCAAACUGGAGUGGUGUAGUAAAUUUACGACAAACGCCACUGAGCACGACACCACGCAAACAGAAACAAGACGAGUUUGACGACGACGACGACUGGGUUGACGGUCUACCUCCGGGCAUGUCACCGUUGAAAAUCAUGUCACCUGCCCGCCCGCCACCGUCCAAAGCAGAAUUACAGCUUCUUCAUAACAGACCGCCUGCAAAAGAAGCUGCAGCACGCAUCAAGAACGAUCUUGUUCGGGAGGCUCAGAACUCAAGGAGGUAUCAAGGCGGAGUCGAAUCGAGUUUGAGCACGCUCGCUUCGCCCCCAUCUCUAUCGAAAUAUAACCGAGCUGCCGAUACGGAUGAGAGUGUGGACACAAGUCUCGAAAGUGUUAUGCGACGUGUUUCGUUGAACCCCAAGACAUGGACCCCUGGUGGGGGUACGCCUGGCCUCAGACUGAAAGCGAAGCACAAUGCUCCAACAUUUACUCGACCAGUUCCCCCACCAGAGCCCAUACAAUAUCACCCGCCACCGAUUUUUAACCCACCGCCGAUAACGCCAAUGCAAUUUAACCAAGGCGACGACUCGUUUGGUUCGGAAAGCGAGUCGAUGGUUCAAGAGCAGGGCCAGAUUCAAGCGAUGAUGAUGAACGCCCAGGCUACUUCCGCCUCUGCUGCCUCUGGCACAUCAUACGACUCUGACGAUUCCGUUUCCUUUGAUGCGGGACAACAAGAAGCCAUGAAUGUGCUAAUGAACAUGGGCGGUCAACAACAGUUUGUCGGGGGCUAUAUGGGCGAUGAUUCCUUCGAUGACGACUCAUUUGAGGACGAUAUGCGGGUCACCGCUGAAGAGGAGACCAUUUUUGGACGGCCGCCUCAAGCGCGGUUUGCUCCGAGAAUGUCUGCGGCGGGAGAUCUGCUGAUGUAUGGCGAUGAGGCGUCGAUAUUACCGGACACGGAACAGUUUGGCUUGGUGGGGAGUCCAACACCUGCUGGACGGGGUUAA